CCUCCGCGUUACCAAUUAACCAACACAUACACACCUGAUUAAGAUGAAUGAAUCACAUACAUGGAACCUUUUUGCAGCUAUACCUAUGCCUUCUCCCCGUAUCUCUUGUUUCUGUCAAAACAUGAAAUCAAAACAUAAACGAGACACAAGAUUUACGUGGUAUCCUCAACGUAUAACGUUGAGACUAAUCCACGGAGAGGUGGAAACCUCUUGAAGUCAAUGGAAUUACGUAGUAUGGAGUCCACAAAGAUUACAUGCGGCAAACCACCAAAUAAAUACAGCCGCCCACAAACCCUAGGUAUGCGGAUUGUAAUUAACCAAUAAACAGGCUAGGUUAAUUACAAUCUAGUACCCAGAAUUCUAACAGU